AACGGAACCGGAAGAGGCGGGGCCCCAGCGCGCCGGAGGAGGCCACAUCCGGGAUUCUCGCCAAUCCGGAGCGAGGGCGGGCAGACGACAGGGCGGGGCCACUCCCGGGAGCCGGACCUGGAGGCCCGGCGGCGGCGUGCGGUCCGAGCAGGCGUUGACCAUUAGGCCGCCUCGUCUUUUCGUUUCCCCGUGCGGCGCAGGGCUCGCCCAGUGGCGCUGCGGACGGAGGGCCGGCCGCCGAGCACAGGUUUCCUAAAAGACAGAAAAAUGGAGGGACUCAGUGAACCAACUGCAACCCCUAAAUGAGAGCAGAUAGCCAAUUCUGAAGAUGGAUAUGUAUGGCAAAGUCACUGACUUGAAUCGCCUCCACCGCUUUUUAUGUUUUGGUUCUGAAGGUGGGACUUACUAUAUCAAAGAACAGAAGUUGGGCCUUGAAAAUGCCGAAGCUUUAAUUAGAUUGAUUGAAGAUGGCAGAGGAUGUGAAGUGAUCCAGGAAAUCAAGUCAUUCAGUCAAGAAGGCAGAACCGCCAAGCAGGAGCCCAUGCUCUUUGCACUGGCCAUUUGUUCCCAGUGUUCCGACAUAAGCACAAAGCAGGCGGCAUUUAAAGCUGUUGCUGAAGUCUGUCGCAUUCCCACACAUCUCUUCACGUUUAUCCAGUUUAAGAAAGAUCUGAGGGAAAGCAUGAAAUGUGGCAUGUGGGGCCGUGCCCUCCGGAAGGCUAUAGCAGACUGGUACAAUGGGAAAGGCGGUAUGGCCCUCGCUCUGGCAGUUACAAAAUACAAACAAAGAAAUGGCUGGUCUCACAAAGAUCUGUUGAGAUUGUCACAUCUUAAACCCUCCAGUGAAGGACUUGCUAUUGUGACCAAAUACAUUACAAAGGGCUGGAAAGAGGUCCAGGAGUUGUAUAAAGAAAAAGCACUUUCUGCGGAGACUGAAAAACUAUUAAAGUAUCUGGAGGCUGUGGAGAAGGUGAAGCGCACAAAAGAUGAGCUGGAGGUCAUUCAUCUGAUAGAAGAGCACAGGUUGGUUAGGGAACAACUUCUGACAAAUCACUUGAAGUCUAGAGAGGUAUGGAAGGCUUUGUUACAAGAAAUGCCUCUAACUGCAUUACUAAGAAAUCUAGGAAAGAUGACUGCUAACUCAGUGCUUGAACCAGGAAAUUCAGAAGUAUCUUUAGUAUGUGAAAAAUUGUGUAAUGAGAAACUAUUGAAAAAGGCUCGUGUACAUCCAUUUCAUGUUUUAAUCGCAUUGGAGACUUACAAAACGGGGCAUGGGCUCAGAGGAAAACUGAAGUGGCGUCCCGACGAAGACAUUUUGAAAGCUUUGGAUGCCGCUUUUUACAAAACAUUUAAGACAGUUGAGCCAACCGGAAAGCGUUUCUUGCUGGCUGUUGACGUCAGUGCUUCUAUGAACCAGAGAGUUUUGGGUAGUGUCCUCAACGCCAGCACCGUUGCCGCUGCGAUGUGCAUGGUUGUCUCACGAACAGAAAAGGAGUCUCACAUAGUUGCUUUUUCAGAUGAGAUGGUUCGAUGUCCAGUAACUACAGAUAUGAGUUUACAACAGGUUUUAAUGGCUAUGAGUCAGAUCCCAGCAGGUGGAACUGAUUGCUCUCUUCCAAUGAUCUGGGCACAAAAGACAAAUACAGCUGCUGAUGUCUUCAUUGUGUUCACGGAUAACGAGACCUUUGCUGGAAGUGUCCACCCUGCUGUCGCUCUGAGGCAGUAUCGGAAGAAAAUGAACAUUCCAGCUAAGUUGAUUGUUUGUGGAAUGACAUCAAAUGGUUUCACCAUUGCAGACCCAGAGGACAGAGGCAUGUUGGAUAUGUGUGGCUUUGACACUGGAGCGCUGGACGUAAUUCGCAAUUUCACGUUGGAUGUGAUCUAACCAUAAGCACCAGCACGAUUAGUGAUCUCGCUAAAAAUACGCAGCUACUUCCCAGCUAAUCCUAAUCCAGUGAAAGAUAAGAUGAUGGCAUAGUAUGAGUAUAAUGGAAAGUUUACCUAACCAAAAAAAGGAAAAAUAAGAUAAGCCCAAAGUUCGCCCUAUCUAUCAGCCUAGCUCCUGGGAAGUAGCUUCGGAAUUCACUGUAGCUCCCUCUGAUAGAGAGCUGGUAGACCCUGUAACAUAGUCACACAGGUUUGCUUUGGUAAAUAAUCACAUUUGUAUUUAAACGAAGUAAGAGCCAAAUUUGUAAGUAGUUCUAUAUCAUGUCACUUGUUUGGAAAGUGCUUAAAGUUUUCUUAAAUGUUUUCAUUGGGAAAGGACAGCUUUGAUAAUGUCCAUCGACUCUGAAAUGCACUGGACCAUUAACUGUGAUGGCAUAUAAAGCUCAUCUGUGAAACAGCAGCCAUGACCAAGGGAUAAAUAAUGAGUUUUACAGAUUUCUCUAAGCGUUUUCUAAGGUCACGUAAAUAGCUUUCUUAUUCGGUAAAAAAGAGAUUUUGUCUCAUGUUUUAUUUACACUUAGAGAAUUAUUACCAUUAACCAGAAACACAACAGAAAGGCCACCCUGGGCUGAGGACGCUAACGCUUGUGUCGCCUGAGGAAGUCGGUGGGUGUUGUGUUCUGGUGCGUUUUAUUGCUGUGAGUUGAGGGUGUGACUUGACAGUUUCCUCCGAGUUGUAACAACAUAGCCGCACUUAGUCGCACUUUCUUUUUUUCAUGCUCUUAAAUGCAAACAACAUCAAAUGGUUCAAGCAUUUAACUCCCCCACUCAUAAUCUGAAAAUGACAAAUCUCAACUAUAAUUGGAUUCGCUUUUUCCUAACUGUAAAAUCAAUACUGUUCUAAUUUUUAACUUUUUUAGCCAAUUGUAUAUGAGUUCUAAUUGUAAGCAUGUCAGUGGCCUAUUCUCUGUUCGUUAUUCAUUGUGACAAAACAUUCUUUCUUGGUAGAGUAAAAUUAAAAUAAUAAAGCAAGCUAGGUCUUUCAGGUUUGAAAGGCAAUUUUUGAGUAGCAUAUUACCACUAACCAGUUUGUAAGAAAGUACUUUUUUCUAUUUUAUUGUGUAUAUUAAACUUCUUUUCAUUACACUAAA